GCAUGGGUCACAGACUGUCCUGGUGCUUGGAGGUUGAUCCUGUGUGAGUUCCCUGGGAGUAGGUUACUCAUUCCCUCUGCUGUGGGCUCGAGGAUGCUGCAUCAGUUUAACUCAUGCAAAUUGAGGCUUUCCCGGUGGAAAAUGGGUUUCAGUGGCUAUUUCUCCACUUAAAAAUAGCUCCUUUUAGGAAUUGGAUGUGACUUCACAUAAACUGGGCUUGAGGUAUUAAUUAAAGCAAGAGUCAGUUUAGGAAGCAGGAUGUGGAGGUAAAUGAGCACUGGGAUGUAGAGGCAUGAGGUGGAUGCUCAGGCAAGAUCCAGCAUGGAUCCAUAGGAGGGAGAUGGGAACUGGGGAUGCACCAUUCACACAGCUUGAGUUUUCUGUGGGCUGUUUGGGAGGGACUAAGGCAAACAAGGAGCGGAAGCGUGCAGGAGGGGGGGCCCCCACAGGAAACCCGGGACUGGGACACAGGCUGGAUUGUGUGGCUGUUGUGAUCACACUGCUUGAGCAGAGCCCAGCAGCUGCUCGGAGCAGCAGCCACACGUUGAGCCCAGCUCUUGGCACUGGAGCCAAGGCCAGUUACAACACGACAAGUGGAAAUAAACACAACUGGUGGAACUGGCAGCGCUGGAAUGGGAAGGAGCGUGACAGGAAGCAUCAGGCUUGCAGAUGGCUCACACAGGCUAACAGGAACAGCCUGGUAGGGUCCAUCUCGAAUAGACGCGGAUGAUGCCAGAGCUAUGACAGCGAUUGCAGUCUUGGCACUGAGGGGUGAUCAACUAUGGAACAACUACAGGAGGAAGUACCUGAGGUCAGGGAAGAGGAGGAGGAAGAGGAAGAGGCAGUGAUGGUGGCAAGCGGAGCCUCAGACACAAGUGGAGGACCAGACAGCUCACUGCCUUCGAGCAGCUACACAGACCUUUCGCAGAGCUCCUCUCCCUCCCUGUCGGACCAACUGCAGGUGGGCUGCGAGGAGGCGGCGUUGGGAGCGCUCAGCGUGGAGUGCAGAGUGUGCGGAGACAGAGCCUCGGGGUUUCACUACGGCGUCCACGCCUGUGAGGGCUGCAAGGGUUUCUUCCGCCGGACGAUCCGCAUGAAACUGGAGUAUGAGAAGUGCAAGAGGAGCUGCAAGAUUCAGAAGAAGAACAGGAACAAGUGCCAGUACUGCCGCUUCCAGAAAUGCCUCUCACUGGGAAUGUCCCAUAAUGCAAUCCGCUUUGGCCGCAUGCCCGAGGCAGAGAAGAGGAAGCUGGUGGCAGGGCUGACAGCGAGUGAGAUCAGCUGCCAGAACCCGCAGGUGGCCGACCUGAAGGCAUUCUCCAAGCACAUCUACAACGCCUACCUGAAGAACUUCAACAUGACCAAAAAGAAGGCGAGAGGUAUCUUGACCGGGAAGGCCAGCAGCACCCCACAGCCUUUUGUGAUCCAUGACAUGGACACCUUGUGGCAGGCAGAAAAGGGGCUGGUGUGGAAGCAGCUGGUGAACGGCAUCCCCCCCUACAAGGAGAUCGGGGUGCACGUCUUCUACCGCUGCCAGUGCACCACGGUCGAGACUGUGCGGGAGCUCACUGAGUUUGCCAAGAGCAUCCCCAGCUUCAUAGGCCUCUACUUGAACGACCAAGUGACUCUGCUGAAAUACGGGGUGCACGAGGCCAUCUUUGCCAUGCUGGCCUCUAUCAUGAACAAGGAUGGGCUCUUGGUGGCCAACGGGAAUGGCUUUGUGACCCGGGAGUUCCUGCGUAGCCUGCGCAAGCCCUUCAAUGAGAUCAUGGAGCCCAAGUUUGAGUUUGCAGUGAAGUUCAAUGCGCUGGAGCUGGAUGACAGCGACCUGUCUCUGUUUGUGGCUGCCAUCAUCCUGUGCGGAGACCGCCCCGGGCUGAUGAACGUGAAGCAAGUGGAGGAGAUCCAGGAUAACAUCCUGCGGGCGCUGGAGUUCCACCUGCAGUCCAACCACCCGGAUGCCCAGUACCUCUUCCCCAAGCUGCUGCAGAAGAUGGCAGACCUGCGGCAGCUCGUGACAGAGCACGCCCAGCUCGUGCAGAAGAUCAAGAAGACAGAGACCGAGACAUCUCUGCACCCUCUUCUGCAGGAGAUCUACAAGGACAUGUACUGAGGACCUGUUAUUUAUGCAAAUGAAGCCAUGAUUCCCAUCGAGACUCUUUGUACAGAAACAAAGAAAACCUUUUCCCCCCACGUC